AUGUGGCAGAUCUCUGCUCUGCUCUUCCUCUUCCUCCCAGGCUACUCCACUGCUCAGGAUUUACUCAUAGGACCAGAGAAAGUGAGUGGUCAGGAGCAGGGCUCCCUGACCGUGCGGUGCCAAUAUACCUCACACUGGAAGGAUUACAGCAAGUACUGGUGCCAAGGACCUAAUUGGCAUUUCUGUGGGAUCCUCGUUGAAACUGAUGCAUCAGAGCGGUUGGUGAAGAAGAACCGUGUGUCCAUCAGGGACAACCAGACACACUUCAUCUUCACAGUGACCAUGGAGGACCUGAGGAUGAGCGAUGCUGACAUUUACUGGUGUGGAAUUACAAAAGCUGGAUAUGAUCUUAUGUCUAAAAUUCAUUUGAGCAUUGACCCAGUAAUGACUACCUUAGAUGUGCAGACGAAGUCAGCUCUUGGGAGUGCACAGAACAGGAAAACAGCAGAAGCCUGGACCUAUGACUUUGUGGAGUAUAUACCUCUGCAGACUUUUGGUGACACAGUAAUAAGUUACUAG